AUGAUAGGUUGUGAUGUGCUCUUGAGGUGAAUAUUACUUCAGGUCUAGAUGUUAUAAUUAGGUCUUGGAAAGAAUCUCAGGAGCUUCAUGUUGGGUUGAGUCACUAUUGGCCCUGUGUAUGUACUGAUGUGGCACUGGCAACCAUAGGACUUAUUUGGCGCCCUCUACUGUUUUAAAACAAUGGUUAUUUGUGAAGAUUUGUAGGCUAUGUUAGGAAUUGAAUGAAUGCAAAAAUAUUUUUAGUGUGGGGAACUUUUAAAUAUUGUGGAAAGGUCUUUCAACAUGACGACAAUAUUAGUAUGGACAUAACACACACCCCAGAUUGAGAAGCACUUAUGUGGCUUCCAGCAAGUUCUCCUGCAUUGGGUUAUGUAAGUAUUUUUAAAGAUCUGUGUAAGAGGAUUGGAUUGGCAUGUAGAGAAUGGGCUUGUUAUGAAAAAGUUAAUCUGAGCACACUAUGGUGAUGUAAUGAGUCUUCUGUUUCCUUUCCACCUAAAGGCAUUAGCAUUUUGUGUGUGGUCUUUUCAGUACUACAGGAACUCCAUUCACUUAGAUAACAUGUUACACAUUCUGCAGCUUUUUCUACAUUGUGAAAUAAGCCUAGGUUAACAUUUCCUACACACAUCCUAGAUAACAUUGGCUGCUGUUGUGCCCUUGAGCAAGGCGCUUAACACCCCACAACAACGGCUCCAUGGGCGCCAAGUGUGGCAGCCCCCUGCUCCAACCUCUCCAACCUGUAUGUGUCUUUCAGAGGGAUUAGUAUAAAGCGGAAGUCACAUUGUACACAUUUGUACAAAUUGUACACAGGUUCGUUGGACCUUGUGUACAAUUUGGACGAAUAAAGUGAUCUUCAUUUGUUGAGCGAAAUCAGUGUCUGACAACAGUAGGUGGGAGGUUGGAGAAACUGUUCAUAAAAUGGGCUCAUUAUUGAAAAGGACAAUCAUUGCAUAGCUUACCAAAUGAAAGUACCGCACUAUAACGGGGUGCUAUUAAGUAAAUGUGGUAAUGUUUUAUAUAGACUGAAAUUCCACAUUUUUGAUACCAUAGCAAUUCGGCCUCAGAAGAAUCGAACCACUCUGGGUUGGAGUCUGGGAGUCAGUCGGAGAGUGAGCAGGGCAGGGAGAGGAGAAGAUCGCACCACUCAGGAGAGUCCAACAGCUCUUCUGAAUCUGGGAGCCAGUCUGGGUCUGAGAGUGAAUCCCAGCAGGCCUCGGCAGAGGUCAAGGACAGACCACCAGUUAAAAAGAAAGACAAUCUGUCAGAUGUGAAGAAGGUAAACAAAGCAAGGCCUGUACUCCAGACUGGUUUGCCUGAGUUAUGUUAUGUAGGGCUGAAAGGCCCUUGAAACUUUGGAAAUAAAUUGAAGCCCAAUGCCAAGUCUGUUUGUAGUCUAUGCAAAUAUAUAAGCACUAUUUCAGUUGAAUGCAUUGUUGUACAACUGACUAGGUAUCCUCCUUUCCCCAUAUUUGGUUAUACCAUUAUUUACCUGAUUUAUUAUUUGCCUGAUGGUUUCUAGAUUGUAUGUCAGAUUUUCUAGACUAGGCCGGAAAGAGGACACAUGCACUAUAUUACAAUUUUUGUCAUUUAGCAGACACUCUUAUCCAGAGCGUCUUCAGAUUCAGUUCAGAUUCAGGAGCAAUUAGGGUUAAGUGCCUUUCACAAGGGCACAUCGACAGAUUCUUCACCAAGUCUGCUCGGGGAUAUAUCGCACCAUUAGUUACACAACAGCUUUUAUGCAUGGACACUGCACAUUUAGAAAGACAGGGAUUGGGAUGGAGACUGAAAAUGGCAAGGAUACGAUGAUCCAAUUUGGUAUUUGAUUCCAGAUGUGGGAAGAGCAUCCAGAUGUCUAUGGGGUCAGGCGGUCAAAUCGCAGUAGACAAGAACCUGCUCGUCUCAAUAUUGGAGCUGGGGUAAGAAGUGCAACAUGAAAUACUGCUGAAUGGAAAUGCAUUUAAAAAAAACUUAAAUGCACUGAAAGUCAGACCCCACUGAAAAUGUCAAUUUUCCCCAAAGGGGUUUGCACAUACAGACGUUUUACCAUCUAGUGAAUGUGAUGUGGAUUUAUUGGUGUCUCAGUCAAUUUAGCUGCAACCCCUUAUGGCAAAGCCUAAUCUCUCAUUGAGAUGUAAUCAAUUUCAACACACUUGCAGGGUAGCAGUGACUCCGAAGGUGAAAGUCCUAAAAGAAAAGCACCACGACAGAAGAAGAAAGAGUGAGUGUUGAGAUUAUUAGACUUUUACUCCUUAUUAAUAUCAUUUCAGUUUUAUUUUCUUCUAAACGUAUCCACUUAAAUCUAUCAUGUCAUGAGAUGAAUGUACUAUAUUGUGCCAAAUUCUGCUCAAAGUUAGGCUAUUUGUAGAAGAACUCAUUUGAAUCAUGACUUAGGUCUACUUGUCAAAUCAAUUGGAAAUGGGUUAGUAAAACAGACAGAUGCCAUAGAUGACGUUAGUUAUCUGUAGCACAUGUUUGCGUUACUGGCCAAUCCCUGUCGUUUUUUUUUGCUCCCAAAAUGCACUUGCUGUCAUCCAAUUAGACUCUGCCAUAACCUUGGCUCACUUUCUUGCUUGAUAUCAUGAACGUAUAGCCAUAGUAUCCCAUGACAAUCUAGAUCUAAGUGCAUGACAUAUAUUUGUUUUGAUCUUUCAAUUCAGUGGUGUUUGUAUUUGUCAUUAUGUUGUCAAAUUAUUUUCUGUAUUCUGUCCUUGCCAUUUUCAUGCAUAUGUGGGUGUUUGUGCUUGUCUAAAGUGGCUCAUUAGGAGAUUCAGACAGCAAUAAUAAUAAAUAAUAAAUAAUAUGCCAUUUAGCAGACGCUUUUAUCCAAAGCGACUUACAGUCAUGCGUGCAUACAUUUUUGUGUAUGGGUGGUCCCGGGGAUCGAACCCACUACCUUGGCGUUACAAGCGCCGUGCUCUACCAGUUGAGCUACAGAGGACCACAAUACUGAGGUAGUCUUCAGAACUUUAGUUUAUGCUUAGUUAUCUGAUCAAAUCUUGCUAACCAGAGCACCCUAAGCCCGGUGUAGAGCAAUAAUAAACCCAAAGGGUGAACUUGUGGUAUUUCUGUGUUGUAAGAAAUACCUGGAAAAGUGAUGAAUCGGAUGAUGAUGAUGAUGAUGAUGAGCAGGAGGAGGAGGAUGCCAGCAGUGCAGACAGUGAGCAGGAAGAGAAAAAAGUUAGAUCCAGACGACUUCCUGCUAGAAGGUAAGGGUGUAGUGAAGCCUGGCCUUCAGACAGCUUAUCUGUCCACUUUCAUGUCCAUUGUGUGUGAUUAGAAACUGGCUAUUGUAGUGCUUUUUUUGGCUUUGAAAGUCAUACAGACUGGACUUAUUUUUAGCCUUCAAUCACAUACAAAAAAUGAAAUCUGUAAAUUCCAAUCUGUUAAUUGUUCGAAAUGUUCUUCUGUGUAUGAUUUAUUACUGCGCAUUUAAUAUGUUAUAUCAACUAUGAUAUGCAUAUACUAUUCUAUAUUGUUAUAUUGCAGUGAAUAUUUGCAUUUAGACUCAUAAGGAUGACCAAAAAAAGAACAGUUAAAUAUCCCAAAGUCAACCAAAAUGAUGUCCUGAAGAAGGUGUGCUAACAUAUCAGCUUCAUGGCUGAACAAACUAAUACAUAAAAUAUUUGGAGAAUGUCCCGUUUUUUUUCCUUUUGUGGGUUGACUUUAGGAUUUCCCCCCAUUGAUCACUUGGAAUUUAAUGAAGAAAUUCACCUGUAGCCCUAUCAACAAUACAUUAUUCAUAUUGCUGAGGUCGGAGGUUUGAAAGCUGUCUCAAGGCCAUUGGUGUGAGUCAGGUUGUUAGGAGUGAUUAUAGUCAGCUAGAGCUGUUAGAGAAAGACUAGUAAGUAGGCUGUCUUGCAGAGUGGUUAGAAGUGGUAUUCAUGUGUGUGUAUUUGACUCAAUAUUUUACAGACCACAGACCAAAUCAUCUACAGUCAAAAAACAGCAGCCUCCGAAGGGAAGGAAAACCAGGAAACAAGAGUCAUCUGUGGAGGAAGAUGAUGAUGACGACGACGAUGAUGAUGAUGAUGAUGAUGAAGAUACCCCAAAGAGACAAACCCGGCGAAGGGUGGCUGCCAAAGUCAGGUAUGUCAAUGUUUCACUAGUUCAAUCUAAAAUAUGAAGGAAAGUGUUGUUGCUGUUCCACAGUGCUGUUCCACAUUGCUUCUGUCACAUUACCGUGCAUGACAUGCAUUGUGUUGGUUUGUUCCAGUUACAAGGAGGACCAAAAUGACUUUGAGACGGACUCUGACGACCUGAUAGAGAUGGAGGGAGCUGAGGUGGAGCCGGAAGAGGACAGCGAGACCAUUGAGAAGAUCAUGGACACCAGGACAGGCAAAAAAGGAGGUGAUGCAUCCUCACUUAGUAUCUUAUCGGUAUCUCACCUGUAUUGUGUUAACCCAUCUAGAUAGACAUUGCCAGCAGAGGGCUAUACUACAAAGCAGGAUCAAGGAGUUAGCCAGAUAACUUGCCUAAAUAUUCUGAUAGGCUUGUAAUGGGCAUGGUCUAAUUGAUUCAACAAAUGAAAACACAUAUCUAAGUUAGGCUUUUUUAAUUAACCAGAAUAUCGAUAAUUAUUUUUGGUUGCUUAUCAAAGUUAGCAGGAUAACUAAUUGAUCCUGCUUUGUAGCACCCUCUGGUGUUGAGACAGCAACCGUGGCGCUCAUAUUACCCUGCUAGAUAAGGCAUCUGUUUACUAGCGGCUGCCUCCUGGUUAGGAAUCUAAACUGUGAAUAAUAUUCAGAUAUUGAAAAUAUGAAUGUCUGAAUUUUGUGUGUAUCCAUUUUAGCCUGCGGGGCUUCCACUACCCAGUAUGCUGUGGAGGAAAACGGGGACCCAGGAGCAGACUUUGACCCAGAGAAGGAUGAGGGAGAGACCCAUUACCUGAUCAAGUGGAAAGGCUGGUCCUACAUCCACAACACCUGGGAGAGCAUCGACUCCCUCACUCAACAGAAGGUCAAGGGACUCAAGAAACUAGACAACUUCAAGAAGAAGAAUGAUGAGCUUAAUGCUUGGUGAGGGCUUGUUGUGUACACAUGUAUAGUAGCUACAACUGAAGUUGUACCUUUCACUGUUGAUGUGUUCUUUUACUUAUUGACACUGAUUAUCUUCCAUAGGUUGAGCAAAGCAUCCCCUGAGGAUUCAGAAUAUUACAACUGCCAACAAGAGCUAACCACUGAUUUAAAUAAGCAGUUCCAUAUUCUGGAGAGAGUCAUUGGUAAGAAACUCAACUCCUUCGAUUAAAAUAUAUUUGUUUGACAAAAUUGUGAUUAUUACAACAGACUUAACAUCUUUCUUAUCAAAAAUAUGUCACACUUUAUAAUAUAUUUACAGAAUUGGUGUAAUCAACAAUUAUGGCGAUUUGGGGAAUGUAAUUUGAGGUGUCUUUUUUUGUUUUUUUUAGCGACUAAAACCGGGAAGACACAGGGACCCUCGGAUUUCCCCUGUAAGUCCCUCAUAUCAUCACCAACAUUAUCAUACACUAUUAUCAUACACUAUAUAUAUACAAAAGUAUUUGGACACCCGUAAAAUUAGUGGAUUCGGCUAUUUUAGCCACACCCGUUGCUGACAGGUGUAUAAAAUCGAGCACACAGCCAUGCAUAGACAAACAUUGGCAGUAGAAUGGCCUUACUGAAGAGCUCAGUGACUUUCAACGUGGCACCAUCAUAGGAUGCCUCCUUUCCAGAAGAGUGGAGGCUGUUAUAGCAGCAAAGGGGGGACCAACUCCAUAUUAAUACCCAUGAUUUUGGAAUGAGAUGUUCGACGAGCAGUUGUUCACAUACAUUUGGUCUUGUAGUGUAUCUUCAUCAUUAUCAUACUAAGCACAUUUUGAUGAAAACAACUUUUUCUGAAAAACACUUUCACUAAAGAUGUUGUUUUCACUGUACACCAGCUCACAGCCACAAGAAUGGUGCUUCGACCAAUGAGCCAGAGUACCUGUGUAAGUGGAUGGGCCUGCCCUAUUCAGAGUGCACCUGGGAGGAUGGAGCUCUGCUGGGGAAGAAGUUCCAGCACUGUAUAGACAGCUUCACCUACAGGAACUCCAGUAAAACAGUCCCCUCCAAAGACUGCAAAGUGAGUGAGGAAAGUGUCCCGACUAGAUAGAUUGCACAUCAAUACUCCUAUCACAGUUGUUUUUAUUUAAAAGUUUACUAGUAUCAGCUAGAACACAAGAAUUUACAAUAUAUAGCUAUUGUAAUUUCAGAAUAGUGCAGUGAUUUUGUAACUCUAAUUUCAGGUGUUGAAACAGAGGCCCAGAUUUGUUGCACUAAAGAACCAGCCAUUGUACAUUGGGGAUGAGAACCUACAGCUGAGAGAUUACCAGUUAGAUGGACUGAACUGGCUGGCUCACUCCUGGUGCAGGUACACAUCAAGUCAUGAGGGACACUAGAGAAACCGUAGAGAUUAUUAAGGUUUUGAACAUCACAUUUAGUGGAUGUACUUGAUACUAUACUGAGGUGUACUGUUAAUUACCUGGAAUUAGAUAGUUGGUAGCACUAAUCAAUGUAACACUAAGACUCCAUGGUCUGUGUUUUUCAGGUGCAAUAGUGUGAUCCUGGCUGAUGAGAUGGGUCUGGGGAAAACCAUCCAGACCAUCUCAUUCCUGUCCUACAUGUUCCACCAGCACCAGCUGUAUGGGCCCUCCCUGGUGGUGGUGCCCCUGUCCACCCUCACCUCCUGGCAGAGAGAGUUUGACACCUGGGCCCCCGACAUGAAUGUGGUGGUCUACCUGGGAGACGUGAUGAGCAGGAAAUCGGUACAGAAAUCUCCUCUUUACAAAACUCGAAAGAAGCGUUGUAGUCUUGUUGCCAACCAAAAAUGAGUGUCCCCCUCUGCGUUCCUUUUGUGUUUAACAGAUCCGUGACUAUGAGUGGGUAUGCCAUCAGACGAAAAGAAUAAAGUUCAAUGCACUUAUAACCACGUAUGAAAUCCUACUGAAAGACAAGGUAAGGCAUCUGUAUUUCUUGGAAGUAUUUUCAGACAGAUAUAUUUCGAUAUACUGUAUCAGCUUUGAUUUGUACUGGCCGAAAUAGUACACAUUUUGUUGUUUAUUUUACAAAAGACAAAGAAAACAUGAAUUGUUUGAUUGAAUACAACUCUCAAUGUGUGUGAUCUGUCCAUAGGGGGUGUUGGGGAACAUAAACUGGUCUUUCCUGGGUGUGGACGAAGCUCACAGGCUAAAGAAUGACGACUCCCUGUUGUACAAAACCCUGAUCGAGUUCCGGUCCAACCACAGACUUCUAAUCACAGGGACACCACUGCAGAAUUCUCUCAAAGAGCUGUGGUCCCUUCUGCACUUCCUCAUGCCUGACAAGUAUGUACUUCUCUCUAUAAAAUACAUCAUGUACAUUUAGGCAGAUUUUGACUUUGAGAAGAACAACCUGUGCAUUUGUAUUCAUUUACAGUGUUCUUAUCCCGAUGCUAUUGUACUUUCCCCCUCUGAAGGUUUGAAAAUUGGGAAGAUUUUGAAAGUGAGCAUGGUAAAGGGACUGACAAUGGCUACCAGAGCCUCCACAAAGUCCUUGAGCCCUUCCUCCUGAGGCGUGUCAAGAAGGAUGUGGAGAAAUCCCUGCCUGCUAAGGUAGAACAGAUCCUCCGUGUGGACAUGUCUGCCGUGCAGAAGCAGUACUACAAGUACGUUCCCUCAUCUGUAGCUUUUCUCUCUAUCCAUGUCUGCCUAUCUGGACACAUGAUUUGAGCAGUAUCUAAAGUCUUACCCCUUGUCCCUGAAGUUAACUGGUGGUGUGUUUUGGUGCUUGUUUCAGGUGGAUUCUUACCAGGAACUUCAGGGCCCUGCAGAAAGGCACCCGAGGCAGCUCCUCUGGCUUCCUCAACAUUGUCAUGGAGCUGAAGAAGUGCACUAACCAUGGUUUCCUUAUCAAACAGCCUGAGGAGGAGUGUGACACUCCACAGGAGCACCUGCAGGUAGGACUCUGUUUUUGCUGUUUUGAACAUUUAGAAAUACCCUCAUUGGUUAAAAUGGCAGCAGAGCAUGAUUACAUGCAACCACACUAAUUUAUUGGUUUGUUAGGGGUGGAGAAGAGAUGUUCAUUUCCCUAUGUUUGACCUCUGACCUUGUGCGUAUCUCAGGCGUUGGUGAGGGGCAGUGGGAAGCUGGUUCUUCUGGACAAGCUACUGACCAGACUUCGGGAGAGGGGCAACCGAGUCCUCAUCUUCUCCCAGAUGGUGCGCAUGUUGGACAUCCUGGCUGAGUACCUGGCCCUGAAGCGCUACCCAUUCCAGGUAGGGUAUAACACAGCCCAGGGGAUGGCAAGGCAGCAGGUCCAAACCUUCUGUAGUGUACCUCCUGUUCUUUUAUUCUGUAUGACUUGUCCUUGUUCUCUUAGAUCUCCAUUAUAUGUUAUUCCAUCUUUAUUAUGGUGACUUAGUGAGGGUGUUUUCAGUAGCUGUUAGAGAUAUUGGAGCAGGGUUGGAGUCCACUCAGGUGUUAACCUGCUCAUGUGUCAGUGUUGCCGCAAACAUGCUCUGGCAUACUGAGUUAUUUUUAUCCUCAAGUUAUUUUUGAUGGGGACUGGCUUGUCCCCAGAGCCAGAGUGACCGCUUGGUCUUCACACUGAGUCUUAGCACAGGUAAAUAGCUAGACAUAGUUUUACUGCUUUAAUGCUUUUUGACAAUAUGCUGCUUGUCUGAUUGAUCGUAUAAUGCCAUGUAUAGCUGAGCAUUGCCAAGUGGGAUCUUAGGGGUGGGAGUUCAGGCAAGGUUCCAAGGCCUGAAGUCUCUCUCCUUCCCUCUUUCCUCAGCGCCUGGAUGGCUCCAUAAAGGGAGAAAUACGAAAACAAGCACUUGACCACUUUAAUGCUGAAGGCUCUGAGGUAUGUAAUCUGUACUAUGCAAUGUUUUAGCUAUUGCAGAUUGCAGGUCUGGACAUUGGAGGCGUUGAUAUUUGAAGUGUCUAUGUCAGACCUGAAUCUGCAUCGGAACUCGGGUGGUAUAUAAUUUCACUUAAUCAGCGAAUGUUGAUGUUUGUGUCAGGUGAUGUAUCUUUUUUUUUUUUUUUUUAUUUUUUAACCUUUAUUUAACUAGGCAAGUCGGUUAAGAACAAAUUCUUAUUUACAAAGAUGGCCUACACCGGCCAAACCCGGACGACGCUGGGCCAAUUGUGCGCCGCCCUAUGGGACUCCCAAUCACGGUCGGUUGUGAUACAGCCUGGAAUCAAACCAGGGGGUCUGUAGUGACGCCUCAAGCACUGAGAUGCAGAGCCUUAGACCACUCGGGAGCCCAAUCUACUGUGAUGAUCGACUGUGAUGAUAACCACAGUGAUACCAUACAUUAACAUGAUUAACAUGACAGUCAAUACAUUGUUUCAUUUAGUGUUCAGAUUGAUUUUCCUCAGAAGUUAUGAUAUUCUGUUAAUGAGGUCAACUUAGCAAAACAAAAUGGUAGAAACAAAAUGGCUGUGACUGUUACCUGGUGUGUUUUACCACAUCAGGUAACACUUUAUUUGGAUAGUCCCAAGUAGAUGGUUUGUAGAUGUUCAGUUGAUGUUCAAUAACUGUCAACAACAUUUCAACUAACUAUCUACUAACCCUAGCUCUAACCUUAACCCUUAUCCUAACCCUUUUUCUAAACCUAAGCCUUACUGUAACCUUAGCAAGCAGUUUCUUAUCAACAGAUAGUUUGUUGAUAUAUGACCAUCUGUGGAUCAUCUAUAUGGGAAUAUCCAAAUAAAGUGUGAACCCACACCAUAAAAGCCACAAGAACAAUUAUCACUCUUGACAUGUUCUCUACUUCAGGCAUUUCAUCCCUUCACCUCUGUGAUGUUCAGCAUGUUGGGUGUGGUGCACUAUGUGAUUUGUUUUGAGAAUAAUAAUCUCCCCCUCUCUCUGUCCAGGAUUUCUGUUUCCUGCUGUCCACAAGAGCUGGAGGUUUGGGUAUCAACCUGGCCUCUGCAGACACUGUGGUCAUCUUUGACUCUGACUGGAACCCUCAGAACGACCUGCAGGCUCAGGCCAGGGCUCACAGGAUCGGCCAGAAGAAGCAGGUAACCACAACUAGACCCACUGUCCUUAGUAUUGAGGGAAGGUUUAGCUAAGCACAAGAUUGUUGGUCUGAUUCUGGUGAUUUAAUCCUAAUGAAUAAAACCUGUGAGGUACAGUAUGAAGUUAGUAAUCAGUUUGGCAUACAUUUUCUUUGGCAGAGCCAUCAUGGAAAAUGUUUGUCUUCCAACUUGCCAAGUGAGAUGUUUAAAUGUCUCCUUUCUUGUAUUGCUGAACAGGUGAAUAUCUAUCGCUUGGUCACAAAGGGAUCUGUGGAGGAGGACAUUAUUGAGAGAGCCAAGAAGAAGAUGGUUUUGGACCAUCUUGUAAUUCAGAGAAUGGACACCACUGGUCGAACUGUACUGGAUAACAACUCCGGAAAUUCAAAGUGAGGAAACUUCACCAUGCAGUCUGCUAGUCUUUAAGUUAUAUUUUUGUUUGACUGAAAACAUGAGGUCCCUCAGGUUCUUAACUUAACAUCAACAUCUUUUCACAGUUCCAACCCAUUCAAUAAAGAUGAGUUGACUGCCAUCCUGAAGUUUGGAGCUGAAGAUCUGUUCAAAGAGGCAGAGGGAGAGGAGACUGAACCUACGGUACACAGACACACAUUUAUAUUGAUAAUAUGCUCUGUUGAAAGUUCAGUUGUAUGAGUGAUCAAUUUUCAAACUUCCAUAUUUGCAGAAUGUCUGUUGUGUUCCUUGUGAUUUACCUUGUACCGUUCUCUAUUUGCCCUUGCAGGAGAUGGAUAUUGAUGAGAUCUUGCGGUUGGCUGAAACCAGAGAAAGCGACCAGGGAUCAAGUGCCACAGAUGAGCUUCUCUCUCAGUUCAAGGUACCUAGAAGUUGCUCCAACUCUCAACCUGCUUUUAACAAUACUUCUAGUAAUACAUUUAGCUAUUACUCUAGCCACUCUACUCCCAGUCUCAGACAGUACAUGUAUGUGUCCCUCCAGGUGGCCAACUUCUCCAACAUGGAGGAGAGUGCUCCAGAGCUGGUGGAGCGGACAGUGCCUGACUGGGACGACAUCAUCCCUGAGGACCAGCGGCGGAGGCUGGAGGAGGAGCAGAAGCAGAAGGAGAUGGAGGACAUUUACAUGCUGCCUAGAAGCAGAAGCUCCAACAAGAGGGUAAGCAGGAGAGAAUACACAUCUCAAAUUAGAUCUCUGGAGCACGUCAGAGAUGUGACUGCUCCAUGGUGCAGCUCAGGUGGCUGUGUGUGAAGGGGCUCCCCCAGGGAGUGUGUGUGUGCUGCUGAACUGUUUACUUUCAUCCUCUCCUGCUCUCCGUCGGGGGGGUUGGAUGGGGUGGUAAUUAGGUGUUUACUGCCUGCCUCACGGUGUAGGUGAAUCCCUGGUGAUUCCACUGUGUGUGUAUGUGAAUCUACUGCAUGAGAAGCUUCCUUAAUGAAUCAUUAGGUUUUAUAGCAGCAUUGUCCCUUGUGAUGCAGCAGUGGGUAUUUAUAUCACACAGAUAAUAUCCUCUGCUGUUGAAGAUUAUCUAAAUUCAUGAAAUGCAUGGAAGAGACACCUCAAAAUGAAUCAUUAUGGUGAUUUAAUUAUAAUUAUUGAUGAGAUUUUCUCUUGAUUUUAUUUCAUAUUAUAGUAGAGAAAAUAACCUCCUUAAACAUUUCAUUAUUCAGAAGUAUCCAUAACACAAAAAGGCACUGGGCAAUUACAUUCAGUAGGAAAUAGGUUUUGCUUGUUGUGUCUGAAGGUUGUAUUGUCUAUCAUUUGCAGGCCCAGGCCAACGACAGUGACAGUGAUGUUGGCUCCAAGCUGAAGCACCGCUCCUCUGGCUCUGAGAGCGAGACGGACGACAGCGGCGAUGACAAGAAGCCAAAGAGGAGAGGAAGGCCCAGAGCCCGCAAGAACAACGUGGAGGGAUUCACUGAUGCAGAGAUCCGCAGGUUUGUAGGUCUCUUUGGUCAUUUAGACUGAAUGGUUUCUCAAUGUUUCAUUAAACACUUAGUUACUGUUUUACUCUUUCCUUCACCAGGUUCAUCAAGGCUUAUAAGAAAUUUGGAGCUCCGCUUGAAAGGCUGGAGGGCAUUGCCCGGGACUCUGAGCUGGUGGACAAAUCCCAGGCAGACCUGAAGAGACUGGGAGAGCUGAUCCACAGCAGCUGUGUGACGGCUGUCCAAGAGCAUGAAGAGCACCUCAGAGAGAACCCCAGUGAAGGUGAGUGUGACUGCCUGUCUGACUGCAUGACUCAGGUUUUUAGGAAUUAGGGCUGAGACUGUGUGUUCUUAUGUUUUGACUCAUGUAUACCCGGUUCCUUUAGCCAAAGGUCCUGGGAAGCGCAGAGGUAUUAACAUCAAGAUCUCAGGAGUGCAGGUCAAUGCCAAGUCCAUCAUCCAGCAUGAGGAGGAGUUUGAGCCAUUGCACAAAGCUGUGCCAGCCAAUCUUGCUGAGAGAAACCAGUAAGUUACCAUUGCAGAUAUCUGAGGCCUGUGAAACAUUUGAUCAGAUUAAUAUGCACAGAAAAUAAAUAUUACUAUAACGGAUGUGGGUCAAAGGGGUAACAACUGAUGCAGACACCAGGGCAUCAUCUUGAUGGGCUACAGUACCAGAGGCUUUAACUACCUCCCCUCCUCUUCCCACCAUAGGUUCCAACUGACCUGCAGAGUGAAGGUGCCUCACUUUGACGUGGACUGGGAUCUGCAGGAUGACACUCAACUGUUGCUGGGGGUCUAUGAGCAUGGCUACGGCAACUGGGAUCUGAUGAAGACAGACCCAGAUCUCAAACUUGCAGACAAGGUAACCAUCAGAAUGUCCGAAUAAAAAUGUUCUCAGAUAGCUGUGGAACUCGAUGAAACUAUAAAGCUGUGCGUUAGAUUGGCUCCUGGUAACUAAUUGUAUUCUAUAUGCACAGAUUCUCCCCGAUGACCCAGAGAAGAAACCUCAAGGGAAGCAGUUGCAGGCCAGAUCAGACUACCUUCUGAAGAUGCUGAAGAAAGAAGCGGACAGUAAAGAUGUCACUAAGGAGGAGGUGAGCAAAGACAUGGCUGCUCUGUUUACCAGGACCUCUCUUCAAUUAUAAAUAUACAGUCUGUCUGGUAUUGGUUUCUGCACAGUAUAUACCCCCUUGGCUCAUCAUAUCUCUCCCCUCACCCCCAGGCCAAAGUGAAGAAGAGGAAGCCUCGGGUGAAGAAAGAGAACAAGGCCCCUAAAGAUGAGCAGGGCAAUGACAUCUCCUCCCCCCGCAUGUCAGACAACCCCUCAGAGGAAGGGGAGGUGAGGGUAAGUCACCUCAAAGGACCCAGCACUACCUGCCUAUCAACCACCUACCUUUUCACAAGGGAGGUUCCUGUUGGUUACAGAAUACCGGGAUAGAGAACACAAGGGCAAUGUGAUGCAGUCUUUGUUUGUAGUCCACCAGAACUAGUUUACUUAUUUACCGUUCUGUGUUCUUUAUUUAACCAGGAUGACGGGACAGAAAAAACUCCCACAAAAAAGAGACAGAAGAAAAAGGAGAACAAAGAGAACAAAGAAAAACAGGGAACUCCUAAAAAAGAGAAGGACGUGGACAAAGACAAAAAACGUCCCAAGGCAAAAAAAGAAAAGGUACUUUAGCAGUCGCAAAUGUUAUGCAUUGUGCUGCGGUAGUAUACAAUUUCUCACCCACUAACCUUUCCUGUUUCUGAACAAAUGGGGAAACUUUUAGCUUUGUCUGUGUUGUUGGUGGUGGAUGUAGGUGGAAGAUGGGUGUACAGAUUAGGUUAUCAGAUUACUCCUGGAUCACCGGGGGGAAUGGUGUCACUGUGCAGGUGUUUGUAUGGAGAUCUGUGUUAACCUGCUUAGUGGUGUCUGUUUUGUUUGUCCGUGUCUCAGGCUAAAGAAGCCAAAGGGAAGAAGCCCCAGGGGCCGGUCCACAUUACUGCUGGGAGUGACCCUGUUCCCAUCGGAGAGGAGGACGAUGAGCUGGACCAGGAGAACUUCAGCAUAGUGAGUUAUUACACCCUGUCACGACUAGAGCAUGGCCAUGCUAGUUACCCACCGACAUGGACAGGAUGAAGACAAUUAUUCACUACAUUGAAGACUAAUGUAGGUGUUAAUAAGCCAUUUAACAUGUCAAACAUAAUGGAUGUUCUGUUACAGCUGAGGAUAAUUGAAACGCAUGGAUAAUCUUUGGCUUGGAGCUCUCUUGUACUUAGUGUGUCUGUCCGUCCAGUGUAAGGAGCGCAUGAGGCCGGUGAAGAAGGCCCUGAAACAGCUAGAUAAGCCUGACGAGGGCCUGUCGGUUCAGGAGCAGCUCCAACACACACGCACCUGCCUGCUGAAGAUAGGAGACCGCAUCACUGAGUGCCUUAAAGCCUACAGCGACCCAGAGCAUGUCAAAACAUGGCGUCGGUAAGCCCUCAGCCAACCAUAAGUCAUACACUGAGUGUACAAAACAUUAGGAACACCUUCCUAAUAUUGAGUUGCACGCUUUUUUGUAUGGACUCUACAAGGUCGAAAGCAUUCCACAGGGAUGCGGGCCCAUGUUGACUCCAAUGCUUCCCACAGUUGUGUCAAGUUCACUGGAUGCCCUUUGGGUGGUGGACCAUUCUUGAUACACUCAGGAAACUGUUGAGCGUUGUUUAUCCUGUCUCCUCCCUUUCAUCUACACUGAUUGAAGUGGAUUUAACUGGUGACAUCGAUAAGGGCUCAUAGCUUUCACCUGGUCAUUCUAUGUCAUGGAAAGAGCAUGUUUUGUAAACUCAGUGUAUGUGCACUGAAGGUUUGAUUAUGAAGCCAACUCCUUGGUCAUUUAGGUCAAUGUAUGUUUUUAAUUCUGAUGCCAUUGAGUUUCAUUAAAAUAGUUCUCCAUAUUAACUCUCUUCUCUGUGACUUAACAUGACUUACCAAGAUGCCUCUUUGUUUGGCAGGAACCUCUGGAUUUUUGUGUCUAAGUUCACAGAGUUCGGAGCGAGGAAGCUUCACAAGCUGUACAAGAUGGCUCAAAAGAAGCGUUCUCGGGAGGAGGAGGUGAGCUGGUCUCUUUUCUCGCAAUAUCAAAACUUCUAUAACAUGUACAAUCAGACAAACCUUAUUUGUCUGAUAUUUUUGCUUGGUCCUCUGCUUAACCCUUCCAUUGUCCUUUGCUAAUUUUCAGAAGGAGCAUAGAAAAAAGGGGGAUGACCCGUCGGGCAGGAAGAAGCCUUUCAGAGCAGAGCCGUCUGGUUCCAGUCGAGACUCCACCGGCACCCAGCCAUCAUCCAAGUCUCAUCCAGGCAUGCCCCACCCCUCUCCCACAUCCCCCCAUGGUCCCCACAGAGAAGGCUACAACCAGUCCAACAAGCGACACUUUGGAAAUGAUGGUAAGAGCUGUUUAUUUGGUAUGAAGUAUGCUUGGCAGCAAUUGUGGGGAUUUCUAUAACAUUUUCGAUAUGAGUACAUGACACCUCAUGGGCCACUAUUUUAUCUCAUUAUAAAAGAUCGAGGAGAUUGGCAGAGAGACCGUAAAUACAACUACCCUGGAAAUAGCAACCAGCCCUGGCAAGGCGAGCGACAUCAUCCAUACGACACCCAUCGGUAUAAGGACCAUCACUAUGGCGACCGUCGUCUGCGUGAAGACUCCUACCGCAGCAGCUCUAGUAGUUACCGUAGUGGCGGCAGCAGCAGCUCCCCUCGGAAGAGGCCAUAUGACCAGUAUGACAGCGACCGAGAACACAGGGACCGUCGGGCCUAUUACGACAGGUGAGAAUUAGGCCUUUUCAAGCACAAUGUAGAGAUUUGUAUUUGUCAGUAUUGGAAUGUAAUGCUAAAACCAUAAGUGUUGUGAUAGCUUGUAGCUCUGUAGUAGUAAGCUCUGUAAGACAUCAUCCCUCUCGCUCCAGACAUCCAGACUCAAAGCGGAGACGCAGCGAUGACUUCCGUUCUCCCCAAGACUUCAGGGGGAGUGGAGGAGGCCAUCCCCAGGACUUCAGGGUGAGGAUGCCAGAGCACAGGGGUCCCCCGGGGCCAGCAGGGCCAGAACACUUCACCCGGCCCCCUCCCCUGCUGGACCCACGCUCCCCACAGGCUCAGAAGUCCCCCCAGGACUCGCGCUCGCCAACCGCAGAGCGGACUGCAGAGUUGAAAGCAGCUGGGGCUGAUUUAAACUGGAACAACAGGAAGACAUGA